GUAGGUUUAGGAGCAUGGUAGAUUCAUUUGAUAAUGGUGGUGAGAAUUUUGGGAUUGACUCGGGGAGAGGAAGAGUCUCCGAGGGAGAUCACGGGGAACAAUUUAUUAAGUGAUAGUGGCGGGGAGAAUGGAUGGUUGAUCCGAUUUUUGGAUUCUGCUUUCUUUUGUGAGUGGAUUGCGGUUAGUUAUCUAUACAAGCAUGAUCACCCAGGGGUUAGGGAUUACCUUUGCAAUCGGAUGUACACUCUCCCAUUAUCUGGGGUUGAAAGCUACUUGUUCCAGAUAUGUUACAUGCUUGUUCACAAGCCUAGCCCGUCACUUGAUAAAUUUGUUAUUGAUAUAUGCUCAAAAUCACUUAAGAUAGCACUGAAAGUGCAAUGGUUCCUUAUGACGGAGCUUGAGGAUUCUGAUGAUAAUGAGGGGAUCAGCAGAAUCCAAGAAAAAUGUCAGAUUGCUGCUACUUCGAUGGGAGAGUGGGUGCCUCUGAUUAGACCACAAAAUGAGUCUACGAGCAAUGUGGGAAAGAACCAAGUACUUAAUAGGUGGCUGUCCUCAAAACAACGGUUACUAUCAUUAACAUCUUCUCCUCAGCCUCAGAAGUCUUUCUCAUUCUCGCAUCCUUUGGAGAACCCAUUCCAGGAUGAAGGUACCAGUAAGGUAUCCGCAGAUGAGAAUAAUAUGUUCAAGAAAUUUAUUCUUGGCCCAAAAGUCCGGGACGCUUUGCUUUUCAGGAAAUCUGUAGAUAAAGAUGAUGAGGAAUCUGACAAGGAUGGUUUCUUUAUGAGACUCCUACAAGAUUCUAAAGAUAACGAGGAAUCAGAAAAAGAUGGUUUCUGUAAGAGACUUUUAAGAGAUUCUAAGGAUGAGGAUGUUGGGAAGUCUAUGGAGAGAUACGAUGAAGACAAGGAGAAGGAUGAGCUACAAGAUUCCAAAGAUUAUGAGGAAUCAGAAAAAGAUGACUUCUUUAAGAGACUUCUAAGAGAUUCUGAAGAUGAGGAGGUAGGGAAGUAUGUGGAGAGAGAUGAUGAAGACAUGGAGAAGGAUGGGUCUUUCCGCAGGCUUUUAAAAGAUAGUAAGGAUGAGAAUGAGCUCACAUCAAGCUCGGAGAAAAUUUUUAAACGGAUAUUCACCAAAGGUGAUUUGGAAUCUGUAGAAGGUGAUGAUAGAGAAGGGUUCUUAUGGAAGUUUUUUAGGGAUAAAAAUGAUGAUGAGGAGAGAGGGCCAAAGUCUGCUGAAAAUGAUGAGAAAGAAGGGUUCUUUAUCAAAACUUUUAAAGAGAAAUUUGAAGACAAGAAAGGUGCUCCUGCUGCAGAUGAUGAUGAUGAAGAAUACAAGGGGGAUGCAAACGGUGUGGAAGAUGCGCCUUCUGACGUUCCCUUGUUUCACAAAUUAUUUCGUUUGCAUCCUGAUGACGCCAAUACUGUGGCUGCAACUGGAAGCAACAAUGGCAGUGGGCUUGAAAGCAGUCCAGGAACAGAAAAGUUCUUCCUCAAGUUGUUCAGACACCAUGAUCGAUCAGUGGAAGAUUCUGAGCUUUUUGGGUCAAAGAACAAGGAGAGGCACCCUGGUUCGCUAAAGCAAAGGAAUGAUAAAUCCAAUCUUAAGCCACCUUUGCCAACCAUGACCGCUUCACAAUUUCGUAAAGGGACAUAUCAUGAGUCCUUUGACUUUGUUCUGUCCUUGUGUGAGACAUCAUAUGGUUUGGUAGAUGUUUUUCCAGUUGAAGAUCGCAAAAGAGCUCUUUAUGAGUCUCUCACUGAGAUCAAUGAGCAUGUUGUUGCAGCUCAGAGUAGUGGAGGCGUGUGCUUUCCUAUGGGGAGGGGAAUGUACCGCGUGGUUCACAUACCAGAAGAUGAAGCCAUUCUUCUUAAUUCUAGGGAAAAGGCACCUUACUUAAUUUGUAUAGAAGUAUUGAAAAGUGAAACCUCAAGCAACAUGAAGGACGGCUUUGGUUCUCAAAAAUUUUCCAAGGGUGGAAUCCCAUUAGCUAAUGGAGAUACAUAUUUGGCAAAACCUCCUCCAUGGGCAUAUCCCUUGCCAAAUAGACAGGAUUUUAAUCUUUCUGGUUAUGAUAGGAUGUCAAGAUCUACUUCUCAAGCAAUUGAUGAAGCAAUCAGUCAAUUGUGGGAGUCAAAAGCAAAGUAUGUUCAUGUGAGCCUUUCAAUGGAGGAUGUGUUGCCCUGUCAUGCAAUGAACCUCCAGGUACACAAUCCUGAUUUUGACACUCAUUGUUGUCAAGGUAGAGAUUGUGAAAGUUAUGCAUGUAGACCUGAAGAUGGUGGUGAUUUGGAACGGGUGAGGGUUGUGUUGAGAGCAGAUUCUGGGGUAAGCAUGGAUGACAUAGAGGUUCAGGAACCGCCACGACGGAGGGAGCAUCGUCGUGUCCCGAGUAUGAUAGCUUUCGAGGAAGUAAAGGCUGCUGCAUUAAAAGGAGAGACACCUCCUGGACUCUCUCUAAAGCGGACUGGUCAGGAUUUAUCAGAUGUUCAGCGAAAGGUGAAUGGUGGAAUGCCCAAAACAGGUGAUGCAUUGUCUGGUGAACUCUGGGAAACAAAGAAAGAUAGAAUUCGUCAGGCUUCAGUAUAUGGAAAACUUCCUGGUUGGGAUUUGUGCUCAGUUAUUGUGAAAAGUGGGGAUGAUUGUCGGCAGGAACAUCUGGCAGUGCAACUUAUUUCUCACUUUUAUGAUAUAUUCCAGGAAGCUGGAUUACCUCUAUGGCUGCGCCCAUAUGAAGUUCUAGUAACUUCUUCUUACACUGCUCUAAUUGAAACGAUUCCAGAUACUGCUUCACUUCAUUCUAUCAAAAGUAGAUAUCCUGAUAUCACAAGCUUACGUGACUUUUUUGUUGCCAAAUAUCAAGAAAAUUCUCCAAGUUAUAAGCUUUCACAGAGGAACUUUGUGGAAAGUAUGGCUGGAUACUCCCUGGUUUGCUACCUGUUACAGGUGAAAGAUAGGCACAAUGGCAACCUCUUGCUGGAUGAAGAAGGUCAUGUUAUACACAUCGACUUUGGCUUCAUGCUCUCUAAUUCACCUGGGGGUGUAAAUUUUGAGAGUGCACCUUUCAAGUUAACCCGUGAACUUCUUGAGGUUAUGGAUUCUGAUGCUGAGGGAGUUCCAAGCGAGUUCUUCGAUUACUUCAAAGUUUUGUGCAUCCAAGGGUUUCUGACAUGCCGUAAGCAUGCAGAUCAGAUAAUUCUACUUGUUGAGAUGUUGCAGGAGUCUGGUUUUCCAUGCUUCAAAAGUGGUCCUAGGACAGUAGAGAACUUAAGGAAACGUUUUCAUUUAAGUUUGACGGAGGAACAAUGUGUGUCGGUGGUGCUUUCUCUUAUUACCAGCAGCCUAGAUGCAUGGAGAACACGCCAAUAUGAUUACUAUCAGAGGGUUUUGAAUGGCAUACUGUGAUGUUUAUGGUCGUAUUUCUAUGAGAUGCCUUGAAUUAUUCGAUCAUUGCAAACUGGUAAUUUACACACCUUGUCUGCAAAGAUUGCGAGGGAAAUCGAUUUGGUGUUGUUUUGCUAUUAUUUCAACAGAAGGGAUGCAUGCUACAGAAACAACACGCAUUAGUGUACAGUGCAAUAUUUCAUUAGGAGCUUUCUGAUCAUCUUUCCUACCUUGUAUAAAUUCAUCUUUCAUUUUAUUUGAUUGAUAAUGCAUCUUAUCCUUUCCGGAACCUACUUUUUAGUUGGCGAGUCCGUUUGGUUUUUCUAGGAGUUUAUCCAAUCAUUGAUUUUUUAUCCUGU